GGAAGAGUACAACAGGCAGUAGUAUCCUGGGAAAUACAACGUUUGAAUCAAGUGCCUGCGGGUCAUCUGUUACCAAACGGUGCCAGAGAGGGAGAGGUAUCAGAUUUAACCGGGACAUUCAAAUAAUCGACACUCCUGGGCUAUUUGACACAGGUAUGACGAAUGCUGAAAUCACGAAGGAGGUGAUAAAAUGUGUCGCCAUGACAGCUCCUGGUCCCCAUGCCUUUGUCCUCGUUGUCAGGAUUGACCGCUUUACCAAGGAAGAACAGAACACGGUUGAUCAUUUCGGACAGAUCUUCGGAGAGGACAUGCUGAAAUAUCUCAUUGUUUUGUUCACCCGGAAAGAUGAUCUCAAUCAUGACAAUAAAUCCCUACAGGAGUAUUUAAAGAAAGUCCCUGUAAAACUGCAAGCCCUAGUCAAGUCGUGUCACAACAGAUGCAUCGCCAUCAAUAACAGAGGCAAUGAGGAGGAGAAGGAACAAGACGUCAAGGACUUUCUCACUCUGGUUGACCGGAUGUUCCUUGACAACGGGGGCAAAUGUUACACAAGUGAAAUGUAUGUUGAGGCAGAGAAGAACAUGAUGCUGAGAGAGGAACAACUCAGGAAGGAACAUGAAAAGAAAAUCCAUGAAGAGAGGAACACAAUCAGGCGGGAAUUCGAAUUGCAGCUUCAGAUUAAGCACGAUGAAGCCUCAAGUAUGAGGAAACAAUUGGAGGAGAGAAUAAAGGACCUCGAAAAGGAGAAAGUUGAAGAAGCAGAGAAAAAAGCGGAGAGUGAGAUUGCUGCUCUCACGAAGGAAAUGGAAGACCUGAAACUUGCCGUGAAAGGAAUGCAGGAAGAAAAGGAGGCAUCAGAGAUACAGAUGGAGUUGGAUAGUAAGAAGAGAGAGGAGGACGCCCUGAUGAAACUUAAAGCAGAAAAGCCAGAUUUUCGAGAGGUGGUGAGGAAGGAGGUCAAUGAGGAGAAAGCCGGCAUAAUGGGCAUUAUUGGAUCUGUAUUGCCAGCCUUCAUUGGGGAUCUUCUUCCGUCUAUCAUACCAGCCGCUGGGAAGUUUUUCAAGGGAUUGUUCAAAAAGUAAAAGAAUAGUAUUACCAAAGUAAUAUGGAAAGACAGGAAUCGCGACUGCGCAAUCUACAGCACAUAUAUGAUAGCAACUUCCGUCUUUUGUCAAUUGUCAAACGGUCAUCCACUGUCGUCUGCCUUUGAAACAUGUCAAUUUGCUUGCUAGGUGGAAAGUGUUCUAUUUGUAAAUAAUCGAAAAAAACAUUUCCACACUCCUAAGAAAUCUCUGCCAAAAGCAGAGUCGGUUGUACCAUUCCAACUAUAUGAUGAGUAUGUGUUUAUCACUCACUAUCAAAUAGUGAUGAAACCAGGUGUUCCCGAAAAGAUGAGCGUACCCUGCCUCACCAGUCUUUCCGGUGGUUCUGUAACAGCUAUGCUUAAGGGAAACAUUUACCUGCUUGUCUUAAGACGCUAUGCAACUGACACGCCAUCUUAGUUUAUAGUAAUUAUCUGUAACCUGAACAUUUAAUCGUCAAAGAUACGAGGCUUGGUCAAAACGUUUUAAGCCUAACAAACCAAACCAACAAUUGUGAAAGUGUUUUUAAUUUUAAUUUUCAACAUAAUCUCAAUGCUUUUCAAUACACUUGUCAUAUCGAUAGUGAAGCUUUUCAAUUCCAGUCAGGAAUAGGUUUCUGAAGCCACCCUGGAAAGAAACAUUCAACGGGGUCACCGUUGGCGUCAUAGCGCUUUUUCCACGAAGGUAUUCUUCCAGUUUAGGAAACAGGUGGAAAUCACUUGGUGCCAGGUCUGGCGAGUAUGAAGGGUGAGGAAGCUCUUCGAACCUACAUUGUUGCAAAGCAGCCUUUGCAAGUCGAGAGGUGUGAGAACAG